UGGACUGCGCUCUGCUGAUACUAGUUCUGUUGCUAAAACAACUUGGCUCGAACACUUGCGCAAAGUACUGUGCACAAACCACAACAUCGGGUACACCUGCACAAUCUAAACAUUCUGUUAUUUCCUCUCAAAACAGUAUUAUAAUUAAUACAGCUUUUCUUUUGAAUUGGUUUAAUACUUACUGUACUUACUGUCCCAGUCUCCUGGUCCUCUGCUUCUUUAUGGUGCAUCUCAGUUGACUCUGAAAAAGUAUUUUACAGCCUUACUGAGCUUGAAUGUGCUAAAUAGAGCCAAAUACAUCUCUGUGCUUACCCUCUGUCUGUGGAUUUAACCUCACAAUUUGCUUAUUGCUUCUUGUUUCAUCAGCACUGCAGGAGGGCCACUCCUGAGCCUCCCUUUCUGUGUCCAUUUCUUCAAUAUUCCCAUCUGCCGCAGCUUCUGGACCGCUCUGCCAUCUCUUCUUUAGUUCUGCUGUGGGGAGCUGCUCAGGGUCACUGAAAGAAGAUGUGACAAAAAACUCAGCUCUUCUGGAGCCACUUAGUUCCUACUUUGACCACAACGAAUGGACAACAGCCUCCAUACUGAAUAGUCUUCAUAGAGUUCACUAUAGGCCAGCCACGUGACAGCAUGGACAGUGUGGAGGAAUCUCAUACUGAAGGAGAAGGCAGCCCUCAGAUCAUCUCUCUCAGGUCUGACGCAUCAGUCAACCAUGAUGGAGACCUGGGGCCGUCUGUAAGGAGGAAGAGGAGGAAGAAGAAAGAGCAGCGUCCCGAGUCCGUCAUCAUUUACCGCUCUGACAUGGAGAGGGCACCUGGCGAGGACCAAGGAGGUGAAGAAGAGGGAGCCCAGAGAAGCACGGAGGAAGGGGCUAAAUUCCUCUGCACACCUACCAAUGAAGGCGGAGGCUGGAGCCUCCCCCCAGACAGCCGCUAUGUGACGCUGACAGGCACCAUCACACGGGGCAAGAAGAAAGGCCAGGUGGUAGACAUCCAUGUUACUAUGACUGAGAAGGAGCUCCGUGAGCUGGCUAUGUCAAAGGAGCGGCUCAAUGCAGAAUGCGAGGCAGGGGAUGACUCGAAGCGUGCGUGCAGGUUGGGUGUAUGUCAGGGACCCCAUGUUGUACUGUGGAGCAUCUCCUGUGCCCCCGUUGUCUUCAUCCUCUCCUUCAUCACCUCCUUCUACUAUGGCACUCUGACCUGGUACAACGUUUUCCUGGUAUACAACGAGGAGCGGACAUUCUGGCACAAGAUUACAAUCUGCCCCUUCCUCAUCAUCUUCUACCCGGUGCUCAUCAUGCCCAUGGCGCUGUCUCUAGCGCUUUACUCCGCCGUGGUGCAGGUGUCCUGGGCCCUCAGUGGGUGGUGGCAGGCUGUGAGGGACCUGGAGAAGGGCUUCUGCGGUUGGGCCUGCGGGAAGAUGGGUCUGGAGGACUGCUCCCCCUACAGCAUCAUAGAGCUGCUGGACUCCGACACCGUCUCUGGCACUCUGCAGAGCAAAGCCCCAAGUGAACUCGCCCAGACGUCGUCAGUGUGACAUGGACUGAAAUACAGGUCACAUUGUGUGCUUUGGUGGCACACAUGAUACACUGAAUCUACAUUACAUGUAGUACUGUGCAAAAGUCUUGGACCACCGUUAGAUUUGUUUUAGCAACGCUUUAAUGUCCAUCCAUCCAUCCAUCCAUUUUCUAUGCCGCUUCUCCUAAUUAGGGUCGCGGGGGCAUGCUGGAGCCUAUCCCAGCUGACUUCGGGCGUAUGUUAAUAAAUGAAUGAUAUAUAGUUAAGUGUUGGGAGAGUCAUAUUUUUUGUUUAUACAGGAUAUUAUACUAAUAUCUAAAUUAUAUGUACUCGAGUUUGAAGCACUGUACCCCAUUGAGUUAAAAACUAAAUAUAAAUGUAUAGAGCAUAUUAUUGUAGUUCAUUCAAAUGAAUGAAUUAAUUAAAAAUCACAUAUAUAUUGCAAAGUAAUAUAUAUUAAUAUUAUAGUAGUAUGCUGUAUUAUGGCUUAUGUCACCCACUGAAGAGUACGUAUUUUUCUGACUCAAACUUUUAACUCGGAAAAAAAUAAAUAGCAAUCACAGCCGCCUGUAUGUGCGUGCCAUUGUAAUACUGGGGGCAGACUUUUGCACAGUACUGUAACAUAAGUUUUUUUUGGAGGUCAACUUCAUAUGCGUUGUUACAUCUGAUCACUUUUUUCUACACUAUCAUCAAAAUAACUCUAUUUCUGUUUUGUGCUCACCAAAAAUGUUCUUUAGCACCUUGAAACCUUUCAUUCUCUACAAUAUUUCAUUUCAUUACAUGUACACGUGGAGGAGUUUUGUGCUGAUAGAUCCAGCCAUAAUUCAAAGCCCUAGUCCAAAUAACAAGACAUGUCUUCACAUUGAACUAUCACAACACAGAUGUUUGGUAUCUGCUUGGUCUCCACAUUAUUUGUCAGUGUGAAUGAAAUCCUCCCACUGAGGAUCUUUGUUACAUUUUACCUCCAUCUUAGCUUUAAUCCUUCUUUAAUUUAUUUUCAUAUUUAAGUGUCGAUGUCCAAUUGUUGAAGAUAGUUGUUUUAUACAGUUUUUCUCUUUUUAAAAAAAUAAUAAAUGUGUUUCAAGCAUCUGUCAAAGGCUAAAUGAACUAUAUAUUUGGUGAAAUAUAUGACAUGAAGUACUGUAUACCACUCUGUUAUUGUCUCUAAACGUUUACCAAGUAAUGCUGUAAAUGUCUUUCAGACUGUCAGGUUGGAACUUGUUGCAUUCCAUGCUUUAUGUGGUAAACCUGCAGGACGUAUAUCUAUAUAUUUAUGAAUAAAAAGGGCACCUUGUUGCAUGGCAACAGUAUUGACUUUGAUUUAUCUA